AUGCGCACCUCCGCCUCCCCGAACCGCUCGAAACAGUCGUGGCAUUCACGCCUGCCUUUCUCCUCCAAGAGUCGCCCUGGACAGAACGAGCAUCGCCUCAGUCGCGAGAACACACGCCAGUCAAGGCGAUCGACCAGCUCGAAGAGGAACAAAUGGUGGAAGACUCGACUGUUCCGUGGCAUGGUCAACGAUAUCAGGAGAAGGGCGCCGUUCUACUGGAGCGACUGGAAAGAUGCGUGGGACUAUCGCGUGGUGCCUGCUACCGUCUAUAUGUAUUUCGCGAAUAUCUUGCCAGCCUUGGCUUUCUCCCUCGACAUGUUCGCAAAGACCGACCGGAGCUAUGGCGUAAAUGAGGUACUCUUAGCAUCCGUUCUCGGCUCAGUGGUCUUCUCCGUGUUUGCUGCGCAGCCGCUCGUCAUUGUGGGCGUUACUGGUCCUAUUACUGUCUUUAAUUACACCGUAUACGAUAUGAUAGCAUCUCGUGGCACGAACUACUUCGCCUUCAUGUGCUGGAUUGGCAUAUGGUCUCUAAUUUUCCACUGGAUCCUCGCCAUUACGAACUCAUGCAACGGCCUGAAAUAUGUCACUCGUUUCUCCUGCGACAUAUUCGGUUUCUACGUAGCCUUCAUCUAUCUGCAGAAGGGAAUCCAAGUACUCACUCGCCAAUGGGAAGUGAGUGAUGCAUCCGCAUAUCUCUCCAUCGCGGUGGCUCUCCUGGUCACAGGAAUAGCUUACAUCUGUGGUAUCAUCGGACACUCCACACUCUUCCAGCGCCACCUCAGGAAGUUCAUCGAAGACUAUGGGACCCCGUUGACGAUCGUCUUCUUCACCGGCUUCGUUCACAUCGGGAAGAUGGCCAAUAUCGAAACGCUGAAGCUUCCUACGUCUCGCGCCUUCUUCCCAACCACUGACCGAGGUUGGUUCAUCCAUUUCUGGGAUAUUAGCGUAGGAGAUGUGUUCCUCGCCAUUCCGUUCGCCAUCAUACUGACGAUCCUAUUUUGGUUCGACCACAACGUCUCCUCCCUCAUCGCUCAGGGGACCGAGUUUCCACUUCGGAAGCCAGCAGGCUUUCAUUGGGACAUCUUCCUCCUCGGCCUCACCACUGGUGUCGCGGGUCUCCUAGGUAUUCCUUUCCCGAAUGGUCUGAUUCCCCAGGCACCUUUCCACACCACCUCCCUGUGUGUCACACGGACGGUCUCGGAUACGGACGACGAGGCAAACAAGGGGCAUACACACCGCAUAGUCGAUCACGUGGUUGAGCAACGCGUUUCGAACCUCGCUCAAGGACUUCUGACUCUCGGUACUAUGUCCGGUCCUCUUCUCAUCGUGCUCCACCUGAUCCCUCAAGCCGUCCUCGCAGGCCUUUUCUUCGUCAUGGGAAUUCAGGCCCUAGAAGCAAACGGUAUCACGCUCAAGAUUUUGUUCCUUGCCAAAGACAAGUACUUGACCUCACGCUCCGAUCCUUUAAUGCGUAUUGAACGCCGAAAAGCCAUCUGGGUCUUUAUCGCGCUGGAGCUUAUCGGAUUCGGAGCUACCUUCGCCAUCACCCAGACGGUCGCGGCCAUUGGGUUCCCAGUUUUCAUCCUUCUGUAUAUCCCUAUGAGAACGUGGGGAAUGCCGAGAUGGUUCACACCCCAUGAGCUCGGUAUCCUGGACGCGCCAACCGCUAGCCCGUUCACGAUGGAGAGCGUUGGCGGUAAUCAUGGCCAAACACUCGAGGCCGAUUUCAGCGGCCCAUCGGAGUACGGAAGCGAGGAGGCUAUAGACGACAGCGAUGAGGCCGAGCGUGGUGAAGCUCGUAGCAUGAAGAGCGACGAGAUUAUCCAGGAGGGAAUACGAAAUGCAGAGGGCGCAGGUAGACGGAGGAGCAGCAUGAGAAUCCCAGCGGGUAUCGAGCUGGAUAAUCUGACGAAGGAUUGA